AUGACGGACCCAUUAUCUUUGAUUAAACUUAAACCAGCUUUCUUCCUCCAUGUUGAAGCCGUACCAGAAGAACCAGAACAAAUUUAUCAUAAUGAAUCAGGUUCUUUAACACUUGGUAAGAUUGCUGGUGGUUAUACUAAAACAAUUGAUGAGUCCUACCCAUUUGAUACAGAAAUUAUGUUUGGUAUUGAUAAUUUGACAUCAUCAGCUUCAAAAGGCUCCAAGAUCCAAAAUUUAAAUUGUCAAUUGUAUUUAAAAUCUAAGGCAAAUGGUGGAGGAAUCCAUUUCACAUAUACCGGGGUAGCAGAACAUAAUGAUGAGUCUUUAGCUGUUUUUUCGAAUCAGAAAAAGGAAGUAUCUUUCACAGAUAUGUACUUGACAAUGAGUCGAACUGUUACCUUAAGUGAGAACAACAAGGAGGAUUUUUGGAUUUAUGGAAAGACUUUAGUUGGUAAAGGUAGGUUCUUAAGAACAGAGGCUGCUGUUUUUGCUGCCGAAUACUAUGUCUAUGUCAUUGAAUGA